AUGGGAAGGCCUGUUGGCUACUACAGAGCUCUUAAGGAAGAACCGAAUAAUACCCCUCCGGACAUGAUUCGUCGAGUAAUUUGGGGUUCGUGGUCUCCGAUUGCUGUGUUAACCGAGAUACUUCAGGUGGUAACGAAUGCCCGUUUAUCUAUGAUAUUUACGCCAGCCUUACAACUUUUAAAGCCUUCUUCGACUCUGUCACAAUCAACAUACUCUCGGGUUUUAACCCUUUUGUAGAAUAUUCAAACAUUUUUUCAAUUUAGGUAGUUUCAGUUGUAGUUGUUUCCAGUAG